AUGUUCUUAGGCCUGAUAAAGACUGCAUUUCUCGCAGAGGUCAAACAUUUAUCUCAACAUGGUCUUCCUGAAACCAUGGAUGAUAAAUAUGAUUCUGGCACAGGGGCAGCUGCUCGCUCAGAAAGAGUAGAUGGUAAGGAAAAUAAGAAAGAAACAUCGCAACAAAGUAAUAGAAAGAAAUCUCAGACAAGAAAAGGGCGAGCAAAAAAGAAAUUGAUUGAAUGUGAGGGAAUAGAGGAUUGGUCUGACAAUGAUGAUUAUUAUGAUGAUGUUGAUGAGCUGUAUGAUGACGACGUGGAUGAUGAUAUGGAGGAUGGUGAAUCUAUGGAUGAUGAUGUUUUGAGUGAGAAAGGUUUAAAUGAUGAAGAAACUGAUAGUAUUGAUUCAUGGAAAGUGACAGAGAAGCCUUUGGAUGAAUCAGAAGAUUUUGAUGAUGAGGAUGAUGAUGAUAAACUUAAAGAACAAGAAGAUUUGCAGGAGGAGAUCAAACAGCCCAAAGAACAAAACCAAGAAAUAAAGAAAGAAAAUCAAGAACUCAAAGAAGAGGUUGGCCACUUGCUUUACCAAGAUGCCACAGCACUCCUAAACCAAACAAAACCAAACUACAAGAAAGCAUAUAGCUUACUGGAAGAAGCUGCCUUUCUUCACAACUUUACCAAGGCUCAAGAACUGGUUGCUCUAUCCUAUCUGUUUGGUGAUCAUCUUCCUCGCAACAUUUCCAAAGCAGUGCUGAUGUUGACAGACCUCGCCAACAAAGGCUCAGCUGUUGGCCAACAGACUCUAGGAUUCUUGUAUGCUACUGGUAUUGGUGUCAACUCUAGCCAGGCCAAGGCUCUUGUUUACUAUAUGUUUAGUGCAUUAGGAGGAGACUUCAAAGCUCAAAUGGCUCUGGGUUAUCGUUAUUGGGCAGGGAUAGGAGUAGCUGCUAAUUGUGAGUCUGCACUGACUUAUUACCGCAGAGUGUCCAACAAAGUUGCAGAGGAUGUCUCCUUAACUGGUGGAGCUGCCACUCAAAGAAUACGGCUUAUAGAUGAAGAAGAACAGGGUGGAAGCAGCUCAGUGCUAGAUGAAGACCUCAUUCAGUAUUACCAGUUUCUUGCUGAUAAGGGGGAUGUACAGGCUCAGGUUGGCCUUGGUCAGUUACAUUACCAAGGAGGGCGUGGAGUUGAAAUGGAUCAUGCAAGAGCCUUCAGAUACCUCCAGCAAGCUGCUGAUGCAGGAAAUUCAAAUGCCAUGGCCUACUUGGGAAAGAUGUAUUCAGAGGGAAGUACUGCUGUCAAGCAAGACAACGAGACAGCUUUCCAGUGGUUCAAAAAAGCUGCAGAUGCUGGUAAUGCUAUUGGCCAAAGUGGCUUGGGUUUGAUGUACAUGUUUGGGAAAGGGGUGAAGAAGGACUAUGAGAAAGCCUUCCAAUACUUCAAACUGGCUGCUGAGCAAGGUUGGGUUGAUGGACAUCUCCAAAUGGGAACACUGUAUUACCAUGGACUUGGUGUAAGGCGUGACUAUAAGAUGGCCAUCAAGUUCUUUAAUUUAGCAUCACAGACUGGUCAUGUCCUGGCAUUUUACAAUCUUGCUGUCAUGCACGCAUCUGGAACAGGAGUCUUGAGAUCUUGUAACACUGCAACAGAGCUUUUCAAGAAUGUUGCAGAGCGCGGAAGGAUAGCACAGAUGUUAAUGGAAGCACACGAGGCAUACCGAGCUGGUAAUAUAGAUACUGCCCUGCUAAAGUAUGCUUUGCUCGCAGAACUGGGAUAUGAAGUUGCACAAAGCAAUGUAGCCUACAUUCUUGAUCAUGGUUUGACUUCAGUGAUACUUGAGAAUGAAACAUUUCCCCGAGCCCUGCUGUACUGGACAAGAGCAGCCUCUCAAGGAAACACUGCAGCGAGAGUGAAAGUUGGUGAUUAUCAUUACUAUGGAUAUGGAACAGAUAUUGACUAUGAAACAGCAGCAUUCCAUUACAGAUUGGCUUCCGAGCAGCAGCACAACGCACAGGCAAUGUUUAAUUUGGGCUACAUGCACGAGAGAGGACUGGGUAUGAGACAGGACAUUCAUCUUGCCAAAAGGUUUUAUGACAUGGCAGCUCAGACCAGCCCUGAUGCCCAGGCCCCUGUCUCACUUGCUCUGUUGAAGCUAGGCGUGUUUUUUACUUGGGAAUGGAUUCAAGAGAAUUACGGAUCAUUGAACUUGUCAAAGUUUACCAACUUUAUUGGCGAUGACUGGGAUAUUUAUGCAAUGACAGGACUUGCCCUCCUAUUUGGAAUUCUUCUUCUACUUCGAAGGAGACAAUAAACAUCUUUUGUAGAAUUUGUACAGUAACCGUAGCUUGUAUGACUUUGCAAAAAAUUUUUGAUUUUAAGCAUAAUAAAAUAUUCCGGUUUCUUGUG